UGCACGAGCCGCUCCGACCGCAGCCGAAACGCAGAGAAAAUUUCUCCACAUUUCCUUUUUUUGCCAGUCCGAACGGGAAUACCGGCCGUCGGGAAUCCGCCGGGAAGGUUCCGGAUCUCGGCGGAACCAGGAAAACAGGCCGAGCCCGUCAAGACAGGCUGGAAUCUGGUCCGGAUCUGCUGGUUCUGUUGGUUUUCCAGUUUUCAUACUGAACCAGAAAGCAGCAAAUCUGUUGGAACGUCCGGCAGCGUUGCACUGCAGCAUCGCAGUGUCUUUCCGGAGAGGAAGACCCUCACAUUCCGGACUGGUUCCAGGACAGCUCCUCUGCUGCUCCAUCCCAUGGCUGCCUGAUUCAUCACACUAUCAGUACUGUCUGAGGCCUGAGGUUGAAUUGAUAUCUAGCUGUACUAGAGUCCAUUCCUGAGGCCUGUGGCUCUAUGGAGGGGUUUCCUGUCCACUGACGCAGGGGCUGUCCUCACCGGACCAGCAGUCAUGUCUGCAUGCAGCACCUUUACCGAGCACGUGUGGAAACCAGGCGAGUGCAAGAACUGCUUUAAACCAAAGAGCCUGCACCGCCUGGGUCCGAGUGGAGGAGGGCAGGCCCCUCCCCCACGGCAGCGAAAUCCACCUCCUGCUGGUGCCAGACACUACCCCAACCUCCCCCACAGCUCCCAAAGAGGAGGUAGUGUCUCUGCCCGCUCCGGACAUUUCCGUCCACCAGUGGCCAAGAAGCCAACCAUUGCUGUGAAGCCCACCAUGAUGCUGCCGUGCACCCCUGGAGGCCUGGACUCAGAGGGCAACGUCUACCAGUCACCGGAUGCAGCAGAACAGGGUAAAAUAUCGGCCUUAACUGUCUGGAAACACAAUGGGCUCAGCCCUAAAAGGCCCAACAGACCAAACAACAACAACAAUGAGGGGGAGGAGAGCAGUGAUGAGAUAGAGGGUUAUGGACAGCGUAGCCCACUGGCCUCCAUGGGUAAUAACAACAACAGCGGACUAACCGAUGUCCUGAAGGAGAUCGUUGGGCUGGGCCCUGGCCCCAGCCCAGACCAACUGUCUGGUUCCAGGGACCUAUUUUGGGGGCGCAUCAAUACCUCGUACAGGCGUUCCCUUGAAAGAGGCCUUCCAGCCUCAAGUUGUCUUGCCAUGGGUAGUGGAAGUGGGAGUGUUGCCCAGAAAAGUGUGUCACUCAGCGAUAGCACUGAGAUCAUCAGCACCGAGGGUGGGCGCUUUUGCUACCCUGAGUUUUCCAGUGAUGGGGAAGAGGAUGAUGAAGAAGAGGAGGAGGAUGAGAGUGAAGGGGAGGAGGAUGAUGAUGAUGAUCACGAGAGCUGGGAUGAAAGUGAUGAGGAGCUGCUGGCCAUGGGGAUCCGCAUGCGAGGGCAACCGCGCUUUGCCAAUUUCCGUGCGGCCACGUUAUCCCCAGUGCCAUUCACAGCAGGGAAAAAAUGGAACACUGUGCCACUACGUAACCGCUCCCUGCAGCGAAUUUGUGCUGUGGACUAUGAUGACAGCUAUGAUGAGAUUUUGAACGGGUACCCCUCUAUGGAUUCCAAUAGAGCUCUGCUCCCCUACGGACCCAGUGACAUGCAAGGCAGCAGCUUCUUCUCCAAUUCAGAAUCCACGACCUCUCCAGAAUCAUCCUCAUCGAUUCCAGGGGACUCACGGACAACCUCUAGUAGUGGCAGCAGCGCCUCCUGUGCGCUAAGAAAUGGCCUGCACUUUCAGUCUUCUUCCAAGGCUCUUCUGCCCUGCACUACUGUUGCAAAGAAAGAGUCUGACCACAGAGCGCUGAGUUCCCCCAAGGUGACAGAAACACACAAGGCUGUUCUGGCCAUCCGGUUAGAGGAGCAGGACAGCAGAGAGGGUGUAACCAUGCCUCAGGCCCUUCCUGGUCAACCAGUCACCAUCAGCUUCAGUCCCACAGAGGAGCAGGCGAAGCCAUACCGUGUGGUGAAUCUAGAAAAAUCUCUGAUCUGUAAGCCUUACACUGUAGUGGAUGUGUCAGCAUCCAUGACCAACAAAGAGGAGCAAAUCUCAGACCCAACUCCAAAACCCAAAACUCCUUCCAUGCCCACCAGUCCCACCUCAUUCCCAAGCUCUCCUCUUGCCCAUGCUUUGUGUCCAGCCUCUCCCACUUCCCUAUCUUCCCCAAUCUCUCCAUCAUCGCCAACAUCAGCGGCUUUGCCAGUGAACUGCCGCAAGAAACCUGGGAGCAUCCGCUAUCAGGAGGUGUGGACAUCGAGCACCAGCCCCCGCCAGAAGAUCCCAAAAGUGGAGCUCGGAGUCUGCAGCUCUCCUGGUCCUGCCAUCCCUCCGAGACACUGCAGUCACAAGUCAGCUCCCACUUCCCCUAUUGCAGGGUUGUCUUCCUCUCGAACGGUACCUGUGAAAUCCCCCAACUUGUCAGAAAUAAAGUUCAACAGCUUCAACAAUGCAGGCAUGCCUCCUUUCCCCAUUAUUAUCCGAGAUGAGCCAGCCUAUGCACGUAGCUCAAAGAACGCUGUCAAGGUGCCCAUCGUCAUCAACCCAAGCGCUUAUGACAACCUGGCUGUGUACAAGAGCUUCCUGGGGCUCAGUGGGGAGCUGCCACAGCCUAAAGGCACAGGUGGGAGAGUGGCCAGCCACACUUAUGAAGAGAUUGGCUCCUCAGAGAGUGUCCAAUCCUCCUCAACAGAGAAAACCACCUCUGGUAAAGGAACAACAGAGAGAGUCUCCUUUGAAGCUCUACCUGACAUGGCCUUAAAAGUCACUAAUAUCCAAUCCAGAACCACUACAGAUUUUAGCACUGUGACAAGCACUAUAAUGAGCACUGCCUCUGACACCAUCACUCCCACUACACCAACCAAUGCCCCCACUGCCCUUACCUUUACCGCAAGCCUGCCCAAAAGCUGCCCAUCUGCAGCCCCCUUCACACACUCUUGCAAGAUGAGUGGGUUGGGCAACAGGGAGGGAAACACAGACUCCUGCUUGUCCUCUGUAACGGGGGAGAAAUAUAGGGAAGAGGCCAGCGCGGUGCUCUCCCAGAUUGUGGCCUCCAUCCAACCCCCUCAGUGCCCUCCAGAAUCACCCUCAGCAAAGUCCAAAGCCUUCAGUUCUGAGGAGCUCUACGCUCUCCCCCCUGAUGCCACUAAAGAGUCCCUCAACCGACCCAAGUCCCUCCUCUCCAACACUGACGGCUGUCUGUCCAAACCAAAGAAAGACACGCCCUCAAAGUUGUUGCCCAAAUCCCAGAGUGCCUCUGCUGCCGUCCCACUCUCCAGUCCGAAGUCGGAACCCAAUGCCCCUUUCCCCCCUCCAAGGUCCACCUCCUCCCCUUAUCACACCUCCAACAUCCUCCAGAGACACUUCAGCAACUGGACCAAGACAUCCACGGCCAGCUCUCCCACACGACCUGGUGAUGGAGAUAGUAGUCCAGGUGGUGGAGGAGAAGGGAGACGUGCGGUGGCGGAAAGUGCCAAACCAAAACGGUGGAUCUCCUUCAAGAGCUUCUUCCGCCGGCGGAAGGAUGAAGAUGAGCAGAAGGAGAGGGCGGAGAAGGAAAAGGAGAAGGGCAGACUGGUGGGGCUGGAUGGGACAGUUAUCCACAUGCUGCCGCCGCCACCUGUCCAGCGUCACCACUGGUUUGCUGAGGCCAAGCCAGAGGAUCCCAACCAGAAGCCAACCAUCAUCUUCACCUACAAGCCAGAUGGUGGGAGUACUCCUGGUGAAGUGGAGGGAGAGCUGCACAUAGAGGCGUGCAGCGAAACCACUCUGCUGACGCCUGACCAGCGCAAGGAGCCCCGACCAUUGACUCCGGGGCGAACACCGUCGCCACUCACGACCGGAGUUCACCUUAUUGACAAGGUCAUCAGCCAGGUACCAUUCAAUGUGGGUGACGCCAGGAACAAGGAAACGCCCACCGGCGGUGCCUCCCUGCCGGCCAAACUGAGCCGCUCCUCCCCGGGCCUGCCUCUAGCGGUGGGAGAGGAGGAUGGGGGGGAGGGGGGCCUGUCAGCCACCCCCGCCUCAGCCAGCGAGGGCAGCGCCAGCCUCGGGGAGCCUGAGGAGGAUGGAAACACCUCACGCCAGUCCCACUCUCCCGCCUCCAGUGGCCGCAGCGCCACCUACAGCAAUCUGGGUCAAUCCAGAGCCAACAUGAUCCCACUGAAGCAGCCGCGGAACAUCAAAUCCUCCAAUGACACGGUCGACCUGGAUGGCCUUGCUGACACGCCCGUCCCCAAGGCCACACCACCGCCCCUGCCCAAGAAAGGUGUCCCCCGCUCCAGCACAGAGCCCAGCCUGGGGGCCAAAGAGCCACUGCAGGGGCCUCUGAGGCCCUGGGCCGAGGCUAAACCCGGUGGCACCAACCUGAGUGUGGCUAACCCACUCUACGACCUGGACUCCACCUGGGAGACGGCCAGCCAGAGCUCCUCGCUAAGCUCUGAACCUAACCGGCCACAUGACCAGGAGAGUGGGGACUCACUGGAGAGACCAGCUGCUGCCACUGCUGCCAGCAGCAGUAAGAGCCGACCAGCCAACAGCCUGUCCUGUUUGGUGUCCCAGCCAGCCGCUGCACCCAACACCACCACGAGCAGAGAGCGGAGGGGCUGCCGGAGUGCCGAGUCUCUGGCCAGCAGAGCUCGGACCACAGGGAGAGGAACUGCUCGGGGAAGCAACGAGGGGUCGGGUGGUGGCUCCAAACCCCAGAGACCUGUCUUGUACCGGGGCAUGGACAGCUGGGAAGAGGUGGUGGGGAGGAUAAGAGGACUCCACACCGACACCCUGCAGAAACUGUCGGCCAAAUGCGAGGAUCGUUUCAUGGCUGGGCAGAAAGACCACCUACGGUUCGGCACCGACAGUUGGUCCCACUUCCGGUUGACCACCGGGAAGCCAUGUUGCGAGGCCGGCGAUGCGGUUUACUACACAGCUUCCUAUGCCAAAGAUCCCCUGGUCAGCUACGCCAUCAAGAUCUGUCGCAGUAAAGUGAAGGAGAGCCAGCAGCAGUUUUUCCACAGCCUAGCCGUCAGACAGAGUCUGCCACUGCACUUCAACAUCCAGCAGGACUGUGGUCACUUCCUGGCCGACGUUCCCGCUCGCCUGCUGCCCUGGGAGGAUGGCGAGGAGGAAGAGGAGGGUGAGGACAAGGAGGAAGAAGGAGACGAACGAAAAGGGAAAGAGAAUGAAAGUAAGACUGAGAACAAGGUGUCCAUUGCUCCCAACAGUAAAUCGGACGAACCCCUGGCGUCAGGUUACAUGGGUACGGCCGGUCGUCUGAGGAGUCGUGUAGUGGUCAUCACCCGUGAAGUGCCCUUCCAGACGGUGGCUGACUUCGUCCGGGAGGGUGCUGCCCGACACACCCGCAACCCGGAGCUGUAUGAGCGUCAGGUCUGCCUCCUUCUGCUGCAGCUCUGUUCUGGCCUGGAGCACAUGAAGCCUUUCCACGUGACACACUGUGACCUACGGCUGGAGAACCUCCUGCUGGUGCACUGCCAACCCGGAAACCCCUGGAGCUCUGAGCCACCAGAGCCCAACAACAAUGGCAGCGGAGGCUCCUCCAGGGCAAGCUCCACCUGCCCUGCACGCCUCAUCAUCAGCAACUUCUCCCAAGCCAAGCAAAAGAGCCCCCUAGUGGUGGCAGACCCCGGAACUCUCCGUGACCAGUCCCGCCUGGCACCUGAGAUUGUUACUGCCACACAGUAUCGCAAGUGCGACGAGUUUCAAACCGGGAUCCUCAUCUAUGAGAUGCUGCACCGGCCAAACCCCUUCGAGGAAAUGCCAGAGCUUAAAGAGCGGGAGUACACGUGGGCCGACCUGCCGCCGCUGCCCAUCCGCUCACUGUACUCACAGGGCCUGCAGCAGCUGGCCAGCCUGCUGCUCACUGUCAACCCGUCCGAGAGGAUCCGCAUGUCGGAGGCCCGCGCCUGCCUCCAGUGUCUGCUCUGGGGGCCACGGGAGGACUUGUUCCAGGCGCUGGGAUGCAGCAGCGUGGGCCCUGUGUCAGGGGCCUCCAGCUCCAGCCAACGUGAGACCACCCUCCAAAACUGGCUGGACCUAAAGCGCACACUGAUGAUGAUCAAAUUUGCUGAGCGCUCUCUGGACACGGGCUGCGGCGUCAGCCUGGAGGACUGGCUGUGCUGCCAGUACCUGGCGUUCGCCACCACAGACACCCUCAGCCGGGUGGUGCACAUCCUGCAACAGCCACAACCCAGCUCCCAGCCACCACUGCCGCAAUCCCAGUCAGUGCACCCAGCGCAGAGUCAGACACCAUCUCAUCUCAGCCACACCUUCCAGUUGACUCAGUCCCAACCGCUCUAAGCUUGUACCCCAUGCCGUCACCAUGGAAACACAUCCAGCGCUCCCUCCAGAGUGUAAUGAAAGCCAACAGUCAGCCUUGAUGUGGCAGCAUUUGCGGUGCCAAGCUGGGGGUUUUUUUUGUUUUUUUUUUUACAAUUUUUAUCUCCAUGGAAACAGAAAGUGUCUUUCUUCAGUGUUCAGGAAAGUAAUAAAAAGGCCGUGUUCUCAUCCAUCAACUAGACUUUAUCACUUUAUAUCAGAGAUACUCUAAACACUCCUAUUGCCAACACAUUCAUUUUUAAGAGUCUAACAAGGUGUCAGUGUCACUCGAAACGAAGACCAGCUGAUGGUACACACACACUACCGAGCUACUGCAGUAACUUUAGCUCCUUACAAGGAUCUUUUAUACACAGAGCACUUGUUUUCUUCAUUAGUACAAAUCUCAAAUAUUUUACAUUCUCCAACAAAUCUCAAUACAAGAGUAGAGCUCCUGCUUUUGAGGAGAGGGCCUCCAGUGAAUUCUGCAUUCUUGUUUUUCCACCUUAGCUGUCAAACAAUAUGCUGGAGCCCCUGUGGAGAAGUUGGUUGUAUAUUCUGUAUACUCUGCAUUUCAACUCUUUAUGUUGGUAAUGGAGGCCAUGUUAGCUCACAGAAAGCUGCUUUUACAAAGGCACAUUUAACUGAAAGGGUUUUACUGACAGAUUCAGACAAUGCCAGGUGGUUCCUUGUGAAGGAAGCUGGAUGCAGCACAAUCAAGAUACUUCCUCCUGUGAUGUGGCUUAUAACGUUUUAUUUGAACACUGUUCUCAAAGAGAAAACUCUGAAUUUAUGAAAGCAAAAGAAUAAAGAACAAAAAUGAAGGGGGAAAAUUGACAAGAAGGCAGUAAAAACAGCAGCGUCUUUUUGACCCUAGAUGGAAAACCCUUCCUUCAAAUCUUCAGACUCGAGAGCUCUUUAUCUCCUUCAGAAUCAACGUUCGGCCUGCCAGGCUGUUUGGUUUUUAGUUGAUGCAAAAGUGAAUCUCCAGAGAUCUGCCUUACAUACCAGAGGAGGUCCUGUCACUUCAUCACUGAUAACUCAGACACUUCCACACAGCAGCUGCACCCAGACUUCUGACCUUUCUCCUCACACAGCCGUGACACCAUCCACUCGAGCUGGUGGAGUUUCUGUACAAAAUGGGAAACACGACCUGACAGCGAAAAACUGCAGUGUGGCCAUUUCCUGUCUUGUUAAAGGUCAAAACAACUCACAGCAAGUCAAAAAUUCAUACUGACAAAAAUGACAUGCUAUCCAACAGUAGCUGAUCUGCUUCUGUUGUUGGGAUGGGAGAUGAUCUGAGGUCACUGUUGGAAGUCCUGGCUGACAGGUUGUGAACUAAUACGUCUUGACAUGAAACAUGUUGGUAUUUUGUUGGAAUAUGUGCAAUUAGUAUUUUUUUCUAAGUUUCAUUUAUUACCAGUGGAGGUAACAGUGUGUGAACAUUGAUGUACGUUUUAUGACAUUAUGCAACCCUUCCCCCAUCCUCUUCCUUUUCUUCUUUGUGGCACAUAAAACUAAAAUGUCUGGCUAGCAUGGAGUCUUGAGUGUAUUGCUGAGGACUUCAGCGGGUCAGGUUUCUUCCCAGCGGAUGAGAGACCGGCAGGUUUGUCUGUCGUGUUUGUGUGAUGACGCGUCAUGCCAUUUGCUCCCCCACACAGACGGAGAUCUGGACUGAUCGCUGUGAGGAUGGCGUUCCUCUCCUGCUUCUGAGGGAUUGACCUUUUGGACUUGUGUUAGUGUUAUGUGGAAUGUAUGUGCGUUGGCAAGUCUUGAGGAGGACCAGAAAGGAUCCCUGUGGACCCGGUCUGAACAUGGCAGGCUUGCUCCUUCGAAGACUGGCUCACAAGCAACGCUCUACCACUACACGUCCUACAAAUGCUUUGGGUUCAUCACACAUCAAUCAAUGCCUUAAACCCCGCCCACCCCAGAGAACUCAUCCAACCACUGACACUUGUUUUCAUUCCUCUUUUUUUAACCAACCAGUGGAAUACACACAUUACUGCUCACCGCAUUUUUAACGAGUUCUGUGAUUUUCCCCCGCCUGCUGGGAAACUGUUAAAACACCAGGUGAUGAACCAGUUCACUGACUGGUAGUGAUACUGGUGACAGGGAGGAUUUCUACUCAAAAGAAUGCCAGAGUGUUUGCCAUUCAGAACGGCUCAGAAGUGUGUAUUUUUGUACAGAAGGUUCCCUCAGCACACACCCAGCUGGAUGAUUUUCUCACUUUGACAAGGAAAAAGUUGGUCCCAGAACUUCUCAUACAUACGUUCAGCUUCUCUUUUCCUGGUUUAAUGUCUUCCUCUGCCUCUGCCGGGAUUUUUCUUGAUACCUAGAGAGACAAAUUAAAACAGCCUGUCGCUGGGAAUUCUACUUUUUGGGAUCAGGAUCCCAAGUUUGACUGCAAAAAUAUUGGACUCGACAGUGCAGGGGUCGAACUGAUGCAAAGUAAGUUUGGUUUAAAGUAUUUGUCUGUGGUUUGAGUUUUCUGUACUAUGGAAUGUGUGUGGACUGCACUGGUGGCUGUCCUUGUAUGUAGAGAUUCAAGGCUUUAUAAAUAUAUAAAUAUAUAUUAUUAAAAAAAAUCUAUUUUAAUCCACACACUAUUUUGUCGAGUACAGAGCACGUCUAUAUCGGUCUUCAGAGAGACGAAAUGUCUUUCUCGUCUUGUUUGAUUCUUCAGUCUGUGUGGAGAAGACAAUCGUGCAGAGUUUUUAUUGUCCCUAAAGGAAUGCUUCUAAAAGAAUUGCUGAGCGUAGUGGUGUACAGCAUUUUCAGUAUUUUCACCCUUCUUGUAAAGUGACUUGUCCAGGACCUGAACCACUUUGGAAAAAGCCAGAUGGGAAGAUGGGGUGGCUUUCAAACACAACCUUGAAAUCCAUCUUUCAUUAUCAUGAACUGGAUUGAUUACAACGAACAAGGGGUUUUUUCUUGGGGGGGGGGGGUUCUCAUUGCAUUGUUUUAUCACCACUGAACAGAACAAAGGGAAGCUGUCCGGCUUUCUUUCUGGGUUUCUAUCUCCUGGCCUGCCGCCAUUUAUUGUUGAUCAAGUUAACCAA